AUGAAUGUCUUAAAAUCCUUGAGCAAAUUUAUUUGGGGAAACCCCGAUAACCCUGAACUCAUAAAGAUAACAAAUGGUGAACUUUACCUUGUCAGACCAAAUAGUUUAAAAGGAAACCGAGAGUGCAUUUUUCAUACCGCUCAAGCUAGCGUUCGGCGUACUGGGGCCGAUUGGCAAUAUCAAAUAGUUAUCAUCGAUGAAGAAAAGGUUUUCCUUAUAGAUGAAUCUCUAAAGUUUCGUAAAGGUCAAUUCGAAGGUCUUGCCUCAUUCUCUUGGAGGGAUUUAUCGGGAGACCCUGAUGAUUUAUUUGAAUUUGUUUGUGACAUAAAUAUUACCGCUCAUACCGUAAAUACCUUUGAAUAUACAGUAUAUAACUGUAUGUUUGAACGAAAAUUCCAAUUAUCUCAUGACGAAGCGACGGAAGAAGGGAUUCAAAGUUUUAUUUACGAGCCAGGAAAGAAAGAUGAUCAAAUUGAUAAAACACCACCAUCCACUCCAAAGAAUGGAAGAUCUAUUUCAAACAGUCCAUACGCUACUCCAACGUCAGCUAGUACGACUCCGAAGAGGGCGCGAAAUGCGGAAAAUCCAUCCACCCCCACAAAGGAGGCCAUUAUACUAGAGCUCCCUGGCGUCGGCUCGUUUAAAACUGUUUCGAUUAUUGAUGUUGAGGUCGAAUUACACGUCUUUGAUCCACGUACUGCCACAUUUUUAAUGCAGUCACCUCUAGCAACAACGAGCAUUUUAAGAGGGAAUGGUUAUGAAUAUUGGCUCCUUGUUGAGGAUGAUAAUCAAAGGCAUGUGACACAGAGAAUAGAACCGAGAAUGAAUCCGGUGUUCAAUUCGACACAUCACUGUUUUAUAUGGGUACACUUUGAUGGAAAUAAUCUGAUCCAUUCCUAUUUAAUCAAAUUUCUUGGCUCGGAUCAUGAAACCAGCUUUAAAAAGAGAUUCACUUCAGCUAUGUAUGAAACUUUAAACGAGACGAAAGCCAAGGAAGAAGAACAGGAUUAUCUUAUAAAUGCAUAUCAGGAUGAAGAUGUCGAGAUGAGUGAUGCCAGGGAUUCAGAUGAAGAGGAAUCAGGAGAAGAGACGGAUUCAUCAGAAGAAGACAAUGAUGAUAUCAACACCGAAGCUGAAGAAGGAGACGGUGUUAACACCCAACUUACCGUUGGUCAUAAACUUGAUAGAUCUUUUGUUCUUAAGGGCAAUAAAAUUGGUGUAUUUAAACACAUUGACGAUGAUAAGAUAGAAUUUUCUACUAAUAUCAAUAAUAUAUCGACACCUAAAGGCAAAAAAUUUAAUCCUUCAAAGAUGAUGUUGCAUGAGGGUGAUUCUACCAUGAUUCUGAUGGAUGAAAACGAUGAACAUAAUCUUUACAAGAUGGACUUAGAAUAUGGAAAAGUAGUAGAAGAAUGGAAUGUUCAUGAUAUAGUUCCUGUUGCAAAUAUUUUCCCAAAGAGCAAAUUCGCUCAAAUGACGGGAGAAAAAACAUUAAUUGGUUUAUCACAAAAUUCGAUAUACAGCAUCGACCCUCGCUUGCCGGACUAUAAAUUGGUAGAUGAAAAACGUCGGCAGUACGUUACAAAAAAUGAUUUUCUCAGUGGAGCCACUGAUGCGAAAGGUCAUAUUGCCGUGGGAACUGCUAAAGGAGAUAUCAAAUUAUUUGAUUCGCUGGGAAAGAUUGCAAAAACAAAUUUACCUGCCAUGGGAAGUGCUAUUAAAGGAAUCGAUGUGACAUCUGAUGGUAAAUGGUUAAUUGCUACUACCGAUAAAUAUUUGCUGUUGAUAAACACAGAAAUCAAAUCCGAUCAUGAAGGUAGAACAGGAUUUGAAAAAAGUUUUGCAAAAACAGAAAAGCCAAAAGCCAAAAGGCUACAAUUGAAACCGGAACAUUUAGCUCUUAUGGAACAUGAUGUUAAUUUUACGCCGGCAAGAUUUAAUACCGGAGAAUAUGAAACCGAAAAAACUAUUAUCACUAGUACUGGACCAUUUGUUAUCACUUGGAACUUCCGACAAGUCAAACUAGGCAAAUUAAAUGAUUAUCAUAUUAAACGCUAUAGUGAUGAUGUAGUCGCAGACAAUUUUAGAUUCGGACAAGAUAAAUCAAUUGUUGUUACUUUGCCACAUGAUGUUACUUUAACCAGAAAGAAACAUUUAUCAACUCCGACAAAAUCUAUCCUUACACCUUCAAUGGAGUUUUAUCUGUUGCAGAAUUUAAAAAGGUGUCACGAAGGUGGUGCAAUUUCACAAGCUGAUGCAUUGAGGCGAAAUUACUUACCAGAAAUUUAUCAACAACAUAUUGAUGAUUUAAAAGAAGUUUUUUGA